AUGGCGGACGACGAGGCCGAGCAGGCUUUCUUUCAGGCGCAAGCCACCGAGGCCGAAUCAGACAAUGCGAUUCCCACAGAAGAUCAACCUGCCGACGCCGACAAUGAUGAAGACGAGGAGGAAGAAUACGACCCCUCCAAAACUCUAGACGACCAAUACGAGGGAACGACUGAAACACCACAAGAUUAUGACGAUGAUUCCACCGCUCUUAACCCGAUUGUCUCAUCAGAAGACCCAGACACUGGCGCCGCCGGUGAGUCCUCAAAUCCUUCACAGGAACCCUCGCUCGCUGAGUCUCAGUCGUCUACCCCAAUUCCACCCACAACUGUGACCGCACAGCCCCAGCCCCAGGCCAGAACCAUUGGGGGAUUUGUGGAUGAAGAUGAUGAAGAUGAAGAUGAGGACGAAGUCAGAGACGCCGAUGAAGACGAAGACGAAGAUGAGAAUGACAAAGAUGAGGCGGACUAUGAGCCGCCAGCGGCCCUGGAGGUGGAUGACACAGAUGCCAUGCCUAUGACUAUGUCUGAAGAUCCAAGCUCAGGAAAUGCAAAUCAAAAUACUUCCCCAGAUGUACCAUUGCACUCGGAGGGCGCGGCCGCAGUGCCAGAUCUUGCCAAUAGUUCUUAUUCUCAUGUUCCUGUUCCCAAUAUUGAUUCCUCGGUCUCGGGCCAAGUUUCGUCGUGGACUGGAGUCGCUCUUGAUCCGAGCCUUCAAAGCAGUACUGUCCCUACUCCUGUACCCGAUGACUCUGCAGCUGACAGAUCCCGGUUGCCUCAUGACCGGGUGGGCAUCUUGCAAGACCGGGUUGACGAAGAUCCCCGAGGUGAUCUUUCUGCAUGGUUGGAGUUGAUUGCUGAGCACCGAGGUCGUAACAGACUCGGCAGUGCGCGCGAAAUCUACGAGCAGUUCUUGAAGGUGUUCCCCAUGGCGGCCGAUCAAUGGGUAGCAUACGCGACGAUGGAAUCUGAACUCAAUGAACUUUUCCGCCUGGAGCAAAUCUUCAACCGAACCCUUCUUACCAUCCCCAGCGUGAACCUCUGGUCCGUCUACCUGGAUUAUGUUCGCCGCCGCAAUCCCUUGACAACCGAUACAACAGGAGCAGCGAGACGGGUCAUCUCGUCCGCAUAUGACCUGGCUCUUCAAUAUGUGGGAAUGGACAAGGAUGGAGGAAACAUCUGGAAUGACUAUGUUGAGUUCAUUCGAUCCGGUCCAGGGACUGUUGGAGGCACGGGAUGGCAGGACCAGCAGAAGAUGGAUUUGUUGCGAAAAGCCUACCAGAAGGCUAUCUGUGUUCCAACCCAGGCUGUCAAUGCUUUAUGGAAGGAAUAUGAUCAGUUUGAGAUGGGCCUCAAUAAGCUCACUGGCCGCAAAUUUCUACAAGAGCACUCGCCAUCGUACGUGACAGCACGCAGCUCUUACACUGAACUGCAGAAUAUCACCAGAGAUUUAGUUCGAACCUCUCUAGCCCGUUUGCCCCCUGUUGCUGGGUCGGAGGGUGACUUCGAGUAUGCCCAACAGGUCGAAAUCUGGAAGCGCUGGAUCGCUUGGGAGAAGGAUGACCCGCUCGUUCUGAAAGAGGAUGACCCUGCUGCGUUCAAAGCACGCGUGGUUUAUGUCUACAAGCAGGCCUUGAUGACUCUCCGAUUCUUACCUGAGAUCUGGUUUGAUGCUUCCGAGUUCUGCUUUUUGAAUGAUAUGGAGAAUGAAGGCAACGAGCUCCUCAAGCAAGGUAUUGAGGCCAACCCGGAGAGCUGUCUAUUAGCCUUCAAGCGAGCAGAUCGACUAGAGUUCACGUCCGACUCGGAACAGGAUUCUGUUAAGCGGGCCGCCAAGGUCAGGGAGCCUUAUGACCCCUUGCUUGAUGCUCUCUAUGACUUGAUCGCCAAGGCCAAAGCUCGGGAGUCUCAGGAUGUCGCUCGCAUCGAAGAAGCAUUCGCGAAACAGAGUGCUGGGGGCCAGGCUGUGCCUAUCGAUGAUGAUGAUGAUGACGUUCCAGCUGAAAUCAAGGAGCAGGAAGCAGCUAAGAAGGCUCAGAUUGAGACGGUUAGAAAAACACAUGGCAUUCAAAUCAAUAUUCUCUCAAAGAGUGUCUCCUUUGCCUGGAUUGCACUCAUGCGCUCUAUGCGCCGAAUUCAGGGCAAGGGCAAACCAGGAGAAUUGGCAGGUUCUCGUCAAAUCUUUGCAGAGGCUCGUAAAAGAGGUCGUAUUACAAGCGAUGUCUACAUUGCUAGUGCGCUUAUGGAAUACCACUGCUACAAAGAUCCUGCAGCAACCAAAAUUUUUGAACGAGGUGCUAAGUUGUUCCCUGAAGACGAAAACUUUGCCCUCGAAUACCUAAAGCACCUCAUCGACAUCAAUGAUAUCAUCAACGCAAGGGCAGUUUUUGAGACAACCGUUCGGAGGUUUGCCGCCAACCCGGACAAUGUACACAAAGCUAAGCCGAUCUUUUCAUAUCUCCACGAGUAUGAGUCUCGCUACGGUGACUUGGUUCAAGUCAUCAAUCUGGAAGCUCGUAUGCGCGAACUUUACCCUGAAGAUCCUGCGUUGGAUCAGUUCACUCACAGAUUUUCAACACCUUCUUUCAAUCCCUUGUCUUUCCAGCCGAUCUUAUCUCCCACUCAGACCAGGCCAAAGACACUAGCCACUGGUAUUGUGCCAGAGCCUCGCAUUGACCAGCAAGAGUCAUCUUUCAGCUCACCCAAGCGACCUUACCCCGUUGACGAUGAUUAUGAUUCCGAUCGUCCCCGCAAGUUUGUUCGCGCUGAGUCUCCAUUGAAGGCUGUUCAAGGCCGACGCCUUGACCAACAGAAGCGUGCUCCACAACUCAACGGCUCAGCCACUUCCUCAUACAAGCCACAAGGAUCACCUGCUCCUUUGCCCCGGGACGUGGUUCAUCUUCUCAGCAUCAUUCCUCCUUCAUCCGCAUACCUCGGCAUUCCUUUCCUUUCCCCGGAAAAAAUGGUCGAUCUUCUUCGUCGAGUCGAUAUUCCAGCCUCUACCGCCCAGAUUUCCCUGCCAGCGAACUCUCGCGGGCCUAGCACGGGCCAGAACCAGUACUCUGGCUCCUACCGCUGA